ACGUAGCCGCCAUUUGUAAUAUAAACAACACAAGUCAUACCAUUAAUUUUUUAAAUAGUAAUAUUUAUUAAAUAGGAUAUGGCGGAAAAUGAAAAUUCAAUGGAAUUUGAAGAAGGGGAUGUUGAUGGCCUACCUACUGAAGAGUUUCAAGACGAAGAAAGUUUCGAUAACGACAUAGACAUUAACCAAGAAUUUCCUCCUAGAAACCGAGGCCGCGGUGGUUUCAGAAGAAGUCAACCUCCCAGAAGUUGGUCAGGACCAGGUCCUAGAGGAGAAGGACCUCCUCGUUUCAGAGGAAGAGGUUUUGGCCCCGGGGGUCCACCAUUCCGUGGAAGAAAUCAUCCAAUGUUCAGCCGAGGACCACCUCCCCGUAAUCCUCCCCCUAAUAGCUUUGGCCCAAUGAGUUUCAAUGGUCCUAGUUGGGGUCCUGGAGGACCUCCACCCAAUGGACCUACUCCAGGUAAUCAAGGUCCUUUAUCAGGUCCACCACCUCUACUCACUUCCAAUGGGCCUCAGUUCACCGCUCCCCCAAUGAUACCUAAUUCUACGACAGCACCUCCGGGUACUGUGAGCACAACAACAUCGCAACCACCGCCUACAUUUGGACAGGUGAAUCAGAACCAGUUUCCAGCGUCUCAGGCUCUGCAAACUGACCAACCUGCACCAGAAAUUUGGGUUGAAACUAAAACUGCAGAAGGAAAAUCCUACUUUUACAAUGCACGAACUAGGGAGACGACUUGGAACAAACCAGAAGGUGCAAAUAUCAAAAUAAUAUCUCAAGAUCAAGUUGAAGCUAUGGCUCAAGCGGCUACAGUCACAGGAAUUCCUCAAAAUACUUCGACCGCAGCUCAAGCUGCUCUAGCUCAGGCUAGCAUUUCUAACAAACCUGAAGCUAUAGAAAACGAAGAUAAACAACAGGAACUGAAAGUGGCCGCACCAGGGACAACUCCUCUAGCAAUGACCAAUGUUCUAACAGGGCCACCACCUGGACUUCCUCCUUUUGGUGCACCACCAGGACAGUUUGUACCCCCCUUUGGACUUCCACCACCAGGUUUGCAUGGAGCCUGGCCUGGGGGAGCCCCAGCACCGUGGGCAAUGGGUGGUCCGCCUCCUUGGGGCUUACCACCGGGUUUGCCCCUUUUGGGUAAGGUUGAUCCGGAAUUGAUCGCCAAAGCUGCGGAGUGGUCAGAACACAAGGCACCCGAUGGUAGGCUCUAUUACUACAAUGCCAAGAAAGGGGAAUCAGUGUGGGAAAAACCACAACCAUUGAAAGAUUUAGAGACGGCCAAUCUAGCAGCUGCUCAGGGGAUCUCAACCAGACCUGGAGACGGAUUGGGAGAUACAGGUAAGCCAAAGCUGCAGGCUCAAGGUAAUGGAGAUGCAGAGAAGGAAGCUGAAAAGGAAGAGGGGAAGCUGAAAAAAUUGCAGGAGGAAGCGAAGAAGAAGAAGGAAGAGGAGGAAAAGGCAAAACAGGAAAAGGCUCAAGAUAAAUCCAGACCCGUAUCCAGUACCCCCGUACCAGGCACACCAUGGUGUGUGGUUUGGACAGGAAAUGGUAGGGUAUUCUUCUACAAUCCAUCGUCGAGGACUUCUGUUUGGGAAAGACCGGAGGAACUUCUUAAGAGAACAGAUGUGGAUAAAAUGGUAUCAGAGCCUCCAGAUAUCUUGACUGGCGCUAACACCGCUACCAACAAAGUAGACGUGAAGAGCCCCGGUAAAACUAAGAGAGAAUCGGAUGAGAGCGAUAGUGAACAAGAGGAAGAAAAUGUUCCUAAGAGGAAGAAGCUGGACGAGUCACCAGAUGUACAAGAAGUUAAUGGCACCGCCCAGCCACCCGGGAAGAAAAUCGACAUAGGUAAGGAAGCGGCGAUUGAAGCUGAGGUUAGGGCUGCCAAAGAAAGAGCAGUGAUUCCUUUAGAAACCCGAAUGAAGUUGUUCAAAGAAAUGCUCUCAGAAAAGCAGGUUUCUGCUUUCAGCACUUGGGAAAAAGAGUUGCACAAAAUUGUAUUUGACUCUAGGUACCUUCUGCUCACCUCAAAAGAGAGGAAGCAAGUAUUCGAAAAGUAUGUCAAAGAGAGAGCUGAAGAGGAAAGAAGGGAGAAGAGGAAUAAACUUCGGGAGAAGAAAGAGGCCUACCGAAGGCUGCUUCAGGAAAGUCACCUGCAUGGAAAGUCCUCAUUCAGUGAUUUUGCUCAAAAAUAUGCCAAAGAAGAACGUUUCAAAGGUGUUGAAAAGAUGAGGGAACGAGAAAGCCUGUUCAACGAAUACCUAAUUGAAGUGAGGAAAAGAGAGAAAGAAGAGAAAAAUCAAAAGAGAGAGCAGGUCAAAAAGGACUUCUUUGUGUUGCUCAGAGAACACUCUGACAUCGAUCGCCAUUCGUAUUGGGGCGAUGUCAAGAGAAAACUUGACAGCGAUGCCCGUUAUAAGGCUGUUGAAUCAAGUGGGCAAAGAGAAGACUGGUUCAGAGAAUAUUGCAAAAUGCUGAAAGAAGAGAAGAAGAAAGCCAAAGAAAAGGAUAGGGAACAUAAGCGUGAAAAAGAGAAGCACAAGAAGAAAGAUAAAGAUAAGGAACGCGAAAAAGAUCGCCAUAAGGACAAAGAAGAUAAGGGAAAAGACAAAGAUAAACAUAAAAAAGACAAAGACGUAACUGAUGACGUAAAAAUCGAAGAGCACGAAUCUAUUGAAGUAGAGGAUUCAGAAAAAGAGAAGGACAAAGACAAGCAAGCUCGAGUAGAGGCUAGUUUGAGGGAGAGAGAAAAAGAAGUUCAGCGCACCCUCGCCAACCAUAUGAGGGACAGAGAUAAGGAACGCGAGCAUCACAAAAGAGAAGAAGCAAUCCAGCAUUUCAAUGCCUUGUUAGCAGAUUUGGUGAGGGACCCCGAACUCAGCUGGAGAGAAGUGAAACGUAUUCUCCGAAAAGACCACAGAUGGGACCUAGCAGACUCCUUGGGACGCGAGGAAAAAGAGAAGUUAUUCAACGAACAUAUCGAUCAACUACUGAAGAAGAAACGGGAAAAGUUCCGUGAACUACUCGACGAAACUCCAGAUCUCACAUUAACCAGUACAUGGAAAGAAAUAAAAAAGAAAAUCAGGGACGAUCCAAGAUAUUCUAAAUUUGCUUCAAGUGAAAGAUGUGAGAGAGAAUAUAAAGAUUAUCUUAAAGAUAAACUUGUCACAGCUAAGGCACAUUUUAAAGAACUUCUGCAAGAAACCAAACUAAUAACUCAUAAAUCCUUGCAAACUUUGAGAGAAAAUCAAGGACAUAUGCAGGAAAUUGAGGAUAUCCUAAUGAAUGAUAAGAGGUAUCUCGUUCUCGAUCACAUUCCUGAAGAAAGAACCCAGUUAAUAUUGAAUUACCUGGAAGAACUAGACAGAAGAGGUCCUCCUCCGCCUCCAACUGCAAGUGAACCAAAUAGAAGAAGUCUGAAAUAAUUGUACAUUUCAUAUCGUGAAGACUACAGUUUUCAUUCGGACAGUGGAUAUACUACAAGGAUUAGUUAUUUUAGAAUGACAACUUGUAUUUUGAAAUUUAAUUUGUAUAUUGUGUUUGUACAUUUCACAUAUAUAAGUUCACCAACGCAAUUCAUAUUAAUGAUAAAGUUGUAAUAUUGUUGAUUUGAACUGUUUUCAUGAACUUAAACUUCAGAAGGGGAACGAAACUGGGUAAGUCAAGCAUAUUUCAAUUUCAAAAAUAUCGAUAUUUUGCUGUGAUGGUCAUAUAGUAAUGUGUAUGUUUAAUACUUACAUAACAAAACUUAUUGAAUUUUCAUCAACUUUUUUCAACUAUAUUCACACAUAGGUUUUCGUGUGUUGAAAGAUAUUCUGAAAUAAUUUGAGUGCAUAAUUUUCCAAUUAUCUGUGUGAAGAAAAUGGAAUAUUUGAGUGUUGGUUUUAUGGGACUGAGUUUGAAUUCAACAAUGUUUGAAUCUGUAGUAUGAAGUUAAUGACAAACUAAAAUAAUUUGCAAUUUAUAUUUAUCACCAAACAAACAGAUAGAAUAACAUAAAGAGAAUACAUGUUAAAACUUUAAUAAAAACGUUUUGCACA